GCGCUAUAUAGAAUUUUGAUCUGACCGUCACCGUUGACAACAACAACGCCGAGAAAGAAAAAAUAUUGGGAAACUUCACAGCUAGCUGUAAAUAAAGAAGAAAAACUUUGGAUUUUGUGCUAUUAAAAUGCCUGAAAACACUGUUGUGACGGUUAGGUAUGGGCCAUAUCACGCUUGUGGAGUAACAGCUCACAGAGCACAAAGACUGAGUGGUUUACGAGCCCUUCUUGAGGAGAACGGUCACACUGUGGAGUUGGAAGAGAUCAAAGACUGGAAUGUUAUUGAGUUAAUCGUGAAUGGAGAACAGGUUUACAAUUGUGAUAUCCUGGAACUUGAUUAUGGAGGAGACGGAAAGCUAGAUGAUCACUGCCACAAAGCCCUGGAAGCAGUUCAGAAAGCCUACUAAAUACCAGAGGAAAAUAUUUAUUUAGUAAAUGGACCUCAUUUUGUGAUGGAAAUCAUGUGCUCUUCUCCGGGAAAUGUGAGCUUUACUCAUACUCCCCCACUCUACUCAGUUUGGAAAUCAUUGAGGACGUGAUGAAACAUUAUUACAUCAUGCAAGUCAACAAGGACAUCCCAAGAGCAUUUUGUGUAAUAUUAUACCUGUAAUUUAAGAUUAAAAGUUGUAUUAUGUAAAUAAAUUUUGUGUACAUCAUUUUUGUAAAAUUGUCUAUUUUCUAUAAAGUUGAGUAUUGAAAAUGUUUUAAAAAAAGAUGGGGAGUGGUUCUAAAAGAAUUUCACCUACCCGGUACAUGUACAUGGCGCAUCAGGUUCCACUCUGCUUUUCUUUAAAAUUAGUUCUUUUAAACUUAUCUUUAAAAUGGCCUUAAAUUGCUAUCAGACAAUUCUUUUUUCCCCUGUCUUAACAUCCUGCUAAUGCUUGGCAUAGGUUAUAUAGAUGACAUAGUGAGAGAGAACUCUUUUUGUAUCCAUGAAUUGACCUUUGACCGGGCAUAUGUUGAGCCGUGCAUGGCACAGUUGUCUCUCUACUAGCUAUGGCCCUAUGCAUCUAUUUUUAAUUUAACUUUACAGUAUUUAAACUGUCAUUGCAAUUCUAAAAAUAUGCAAAUUUAUUUUCCUUCCUGCAGUAGAAUCUGGUCAGAUAGUACACACAGACCUCACACAAUUUGUAACAUAAUCCAUACCUCAUAUCUAGAAGAAUUAUAUCAGAAUUGUUGACAUUUUUAUAUUUUUCAUUUCCACAAGAAGUUUAAUGUGUAGCACUUUUGAAUACUGAUCAUAACCCAAUUUAUCAUUAUAAGCGUUGGAAAGUAACAAAUAUAUAUCUUGUGAAAGCAUAAUUUCAUUGUUGCUUUAGUGAUUUUCAAACUUAUCAGUAUAUUUUAUUAAUAAAGUAUUAUAAGAAAUUGAAGUUGGUAUGACUACUUAUACUAUGCCUGUCAAUAUUAUAAGAAAUUGAAGUUGGUAUGACUAUUAUGCCUGUCGAAAUUGUUUCUUAUAUCUUUCAGAAUACCAUUGUUGUAAAGAUAAGAACAUCUUAUGAUACUUGGAAAUUAUUGAUUCUCCCAUGCUACAAUAAUUAUGAGUGAAAUUUCUAAUCAUCCGUCCAUUCCUGUUCAUUUAUCAUAAAAUUAUAAUGUCAACAUAUUGUAAUAAAUUUGUACUUUCAGGAUACCAUUCUGAAUAAUUUUGUAAGUGAAAGAAGAUAUGCGCCUUGAACUGAAAUAAACGUUCAAUUUAUUUGGAAAUGUAAAGAAAGUAGUCAGACUGAUGUAGGCCUAGAAUUGGAAUAUAUUUAAAUUCUAUUUACUGUAUAUGGAUGUGUAAAGAAUUGAAGUAUUUAGAGUAAAGAUAUACACCCUGAAUUGAAUAUUCUAUUCUUGAAUAGAAUUCUGUGAAAGUAUCCACAAUAAAGAAAUGUGCCUUUAAUUGAGAUGUUUAUUUUUAUUUACAUGGAAUUGCAUUCAAAAGUAUUAAAAAAUGAUAUGUUUGAUACAAAAACUCGCUUAGUAUGCUUUUCAAGGUCCAAAAAAAAAGAACUGAAAAUGGCCUAGCUACAGAUAACAAACAUGUUAUUGUUUGAAAAUAUUUGUUCAGUUAAUCAUGUUUUGAAUAUAAAUAUGCAAAUGUAUGUAGUUCAGGUGUAUUUGUUAUUCAGAUAUCUGGUUAUUUUAGCUGAAAAUGCAGGGCAGGAUGAUGAUAAAUCUUGAAGAGUUAUCAAUAAAUAUGGUAUAUUCAAAUGUG